AUGUCUCGCUCUGCGCUGGGAAAGAGGUCCCGCGAUGCUGCCGAGCAGGCUGCCAUCCUCAGGACCCCGAGCAAACGGGUUCGCCGCUACGACGCGUGCUCGAUCCGCGGCGCCGACGAUGAAAACUAUGCUCCGCAGGAUGUGGACGACAGCGGCGACGACGAGGCCGAUCUCGAGGUCGACGUCGUCGUCGAGCUCCCCUUGAAGCGUCAGCGCUCCCAGUCUCUGGCCUCGACGGUCAAGAAGAACCCCGUCACGCCCUCGACACCCCGGCACCGGGAUGCACUGGCCGGCUAUCCCACAACGCCCCGACACACCGUCAUGUCGGCCGGCAAGCUCUUCAAGCGCCUCACGCCACAGUCGCCUCUCUCGCCCUCCACCAUCCAGACCGUCUACCACUCCGCGCGGCAGCUGUUUGCUCGCGGCGCCGAGCCGGGCCAGCUCAUCGGGCGCGAGGCCGAGAGGGAGCAGCUGACGCGAUUCUUGGACCGGUGCAAGACGGCGACUCCCAGCGGCUGCCUCUAUGUCAGCGGUGCGCCCGGCACGGGCAAGAGCGCCAUGAUUACCCAAGUCACGAGCGAGUAUUCUGGGUGUGAAGGCGUCCGCAGCGCCUUCAUCAACUGCAUGAGCAUCAAGUCGUCCAAGGAUCUCUACAGCACCCUGCUGUCCACCCUUGGACUCGACGGGGACAUGACCGAGGCGGACGCCAUCGCCACUCUGCAGCAGGCUUUCUGCCCCAAGACUGCGUCCGACACCGUCUACCAGGUGACGCUGGACGAGAUCGACCACAUCCUGACCAUGGGCCUCGAGAGUCUCUACCGCGUCUUCGAGUGGUCGCUGCAAAAGUCGUCGCGUCUCCUACUCGUCGGUAUUGCCAACGCGCUCGACCUUACGGACCGCUUUCUACCCCGGCUCAAGUCGAAGAACCUGAAGCCUGACCUGCUUCCCUUCCUCCCCUAUACGGCGGCGCAGGUCAAGAACAUCAUCAUUACGCGGCUCAAGUCGCUCAUGCCCGAGGGCAAGGAAGGCUACGUCCCCUUCAUUCACCCCGCCGCCAUUGAGCUGUGCUCCCGCAAGGUGGCCAGCCAAACGGGCGACCUGCGCAAGGCGUUCGAGAUAUGCCGCCGGGCCCUGGAUCUGAUCGAGACGGAGACCCGAACCAAGCACGAGGAGGAGGCCAGGGAGAAGCUGCUGCAGAUGACGCCAUCCAAGAAGCCGCUCGGGGAGAAGGUCAAUGGCGCGGGCGCGGCGUCUGGUGGCAGGAGCGUCGUACAGAUCAUGGCCACGUCGCUCAAGGCCCUCACGGCCGAGACGGCGCCUCGGGCCUCGAUUGGACACCUCAACAAGAUCACGGCGGCGGCCUUUAGCAACGGAACCACCCAGAGGCUCAAGACGCUGAACCUGCAGCAAAAGGCGGCGCUCUCGUCCCUGGUGGCCUAUGAGAAUCGCACGCGCAGCAUGGCAAAGUCGGCAGGCGGCGCGCCCUGCACGCCGUCAAAGUCGCAGUCCCUGGCACCCACCAUCAAGAUGCUGUUCGACACGUACUGCCAGCUGUGCACGCGUGACUCGCUGCUCCACCCGCUGUCGAGCUCCGAGUUCCGAGAGGUGGUUGGCAGCCUGGAGACGCUGGGCUUGGUGAACGCGGUGGACGGCAAGAAUGGCAGCUUCGCGGCGCACACGCCCAGCAAGCGCGGCCGCAAGUGCGCGGUGCCGAGCGGCGACGAGAGGAGGAUCGCGAGCUCGGUCAGCGAGAAGGACAUGGAGUCGGUGACGGACGGCGUCGGGGCGGGCAUCCUGAAGAGCAUCCUCAUGGGCGAGGCGUUGGAUUAG